UUCGACACCACACCGUUUUCUGACGACAUAGUGUUUCAUAUAUUCUCGUGUAAUAAAAACGUUUAUUGAUGAAUUUUUUUGAGUUUUAUAUUGCAAAAAAAAAAAUUGAUUCAGUUUGUUAUACUUCAUAUUCGAUAAAAAUGCAAGUCGCUGGGUUUCUCGUUUUUUUAAUGACUUACAUGCAAAUUUAUCCGUUGAAUGCAGAACCCGAACAUCGCGUUAGUGUGAUGAACGAUAUGUUUACUCAUGUCGGAUGGAUUGAAUGGCCCGAUAAAAGAAAAGCAGAAAUAGACUAUGUGUUCAUAAUCGACCACUGGAUGGAAAAUAAAAUAACAGAUGUAAGUGAAUUACUCGGACCCAGUGAUGACGGACCGAUAGUUACUAACGAUAAUGUAGAUCACAAAAUGAUACAAGCACACCAAUUCUUAAGCUGUAAGUAUGCCACGGUGUUGAUAAAGUUUUGUGAAUACGAGAGGGGUAUAGGCCCUGCGUGUAUGAGAAUGAAAAAUACGUCUGAAUCGUUGUAUUGUCUGAAAAAAUUAAUGGAAAUGCUCGAAAAAUCGGAACCGUUAGUCAUGUGUAUGCGAGGUUCACUUAUGUGUUUAUACGAUUUAUCACCACAAACCCCUUUUGAAAAGCAACUGUUCGAAAUCCUAGAAAAUUUAAUCGAUUAUUACGGAAACAUACAGUUCGACGAGGACUCGAUCAUUGCCGGAGGGAAUGACACUAUUACCUAUACUGUGGCAGCGAUGACUGCAUCUGUUGAAAAACAAAUAUCGGAAACCUUGGAAUUAUUAAAUGCAUUCUAUGAUCAUUUUUGUUGGAUAAUAGGACAUGACAAGUUAUCCAGACAUCAGAAACUCGUUCAAACAUAUCUCAAUAGUUAUGAUCCCGUAGGAAUAAUGACAAACCUAAGAACGCAUAUACAGCAAACAAUCAACCCGUUUAUGGAAUCUUUUAACGGGAGGUUCGGUUUUAAAUAUAAUUUUGAUUCAAAAAAGACUAUUUUAAUGUACGAUCCAAACUUGUUGCAACGAAUAGAAAUAAUGAACAAGCUACUUGAAAAACCUGGGUGGACGGCGUUAGAAAGAUUAGAAAUUAUAACGCCGAAUGGUUACAUAACCUUCCUGGAGUUUAUUACAGCUAGCGCCGACGGAAACCUUGUUACCAAAGCAAAUGCUGACGAAAAAGUUCAGCAGACGCAUCAUUUUUUGAACUGCUAUUAUGCUAUAACGUUAGAGAGAUGUAUCGACUACGUAAUACUCUUAUGGAAACAGUAUAAUAAAAGCAAGCAUUUGCCCGAUUCAUCGGACCUCCGAACACAGUUUGUGGAUACAGUCAUGAUAAGCAAACCUUUGGUCUCAAACAUGCUAGAAGCACUUUCGCGUAUCUUUCAGUUAGGCCCGCAUAUCACCUAUAGCAUAGACUUUUCUAACAUAUUAUUAGACUUCAAAAAUUAUUUCCACGACACCAUUGAAAACGAAAUUAUCCAAGGGAAUCUAAAUAUCGAAAACGACAUGUGGAAUAUCGUACAACGAUUAGAAAAACCAUUUAACAAAAAGUGUUUUCCUGAUCGUAUGUUCAAUAAGAACAAGUUUUUGAAGGAGAGCGCUAAAUUAACAUUCAGCAGUCUGAAAAACAAAUUUUUAGAUGAAAUUGCCAAUUUUGUGCUGUCUAAUUACGAACAUCUUGGAUUUCCAUUUUAGAAAAAUCUCCAUUGAAAAAAAAAUAUUCCAUUAAAUAUAUAAAAUCGUUAUAAUUUAUUUUUUUAAGAUUUAAUAUCUAUGGGAAAACUAUAACACUCAUUCAAUUUAUUUCUAACUGAAUUGCAUUAAGCACAGGUUUUUAUUUGUCUGAAAUCAAUAUAUUUUAUACCCUUACUGCAAAUAUAUUUGUCUAAUAUCUUCUAGGUAGUUGUUUUUAAACUUGUCAAUAAGUAUUUUUAGAUCAUAAUUUUACAGAUAAUCAAUAAUUGUAUUAAUAUUAAUAU